AUGGCUGUUGAUUAUGUCUCCUUCUUCCACGAGAACUUGACCGUUGGUCGAGUCUCUGGUAUCAUUGCCCUGGGUAUAUCCCUUACCUCAUUGACUAUUCCUCUGUUUCUUGCCAUUCUCUUGCUCUACCACUUCGACAAGCCUCUCACUGCUGCGUCAUGGUCGGUCCUGGCUCGCGAAAUCCAAAAGUCCAUUUGGCCAUCCAUCCUGCGAUCCGACACUGUUGGCUCCCGAAAUGUCCACUGGACCGUUCGCACCGUCGCUAACAUCUCCUUGGCCCUAUCUAUACUCAUUUUUAUCACUGGUAUUGUCACGCCGUUGGGAUUGUCUGAUGAGGUAGUGCUCAGCAAGGCGAAGAUUGAACAGUUCGUCUACACCAAAGACCUCACUUCAUUCGGCCUAUCCACCAGCAUGCAGAGAUCGGACUUACCAAACCGAAACUGCCGCUAUCUGGGCUGUAACUCAUCCAGCCUACUCAUCUACUCCGACUCCCCCCGCGCCAACACCACGGCAAUUGAACCUGCGGUGCUAGAAUUCUUUGAGAGUGGAACCAAGAACUCAACUGUUGCCAGCAUCUGGGACAUACAGUACCGUCUCACUACAAUGAGACAAGAUGACGAUAUUGACAGCGGCAAACCAUACCCCGCUGGUAUAGCAGCACAUACCAAGUCGCUUCUUGCGGAAGAUCGCAUCCUGCUUGUCGAAGGCGGCAUCGUUGACAUGCACAAUGGCGGUGUCGGGUUCCGAAACCAUACUGCUCCGGCUCUCAGCGGCCAAGGCAUGGAGUGGCAAGAAGAUAUCCUAUGGAUGAGCCCUGAGAUUUCCUGUACUCCGCGAAAUAUAAGUCUCCUGCUACAUAUUCCCUCUGAAAGACCCGACUCCAACUACUCAUCCGCAAAUCUCUAUAACAUUACCUUUGUCGACGAGGGCGGAUUUGCCAAUAUUCGCAAGGGUGUCCCCAUCACAGAUUGGCCAGCACUCGAUGGCGACAAUCCUGAUAUACGUCUGCAGGCUGACUACUCAGCAUGGUACUUGAAUAUCAUUAUGGGUGUGGGGUUAAAUCUGACGACCACGAAGAACGCCAAAUACGGCAUCAACGCGACGCUUGGGAAGGAAUACAAGAUCAAAAGCCAAAAGUUCCAAAAUCAACUCCCCGUCCAACUUAGCACAGAAGAUCUUGCAUACCCAGACAUUGUCGGCUUCAUGCCGGCCGAAUUUGGAAUGAAUGGGUCUCUUGUAUACCUCAACCAGACUUAUGAUCCAGCCAAGAAUACUGAACAGCUUGCAUCUGCUCUCAACCUCCAAGUCAACUCGUACUGCCAAGGCGUCUAUAACUCAGCAGACACAGAUCCUCAUAAUCGACUUCUACGCUGUUUCCAAUUCUUCGGCAUUCCCAAACGUACCGAUGGUGUUUCAGAUCUGAUCCAAGCCUCAGGUUCCAGCUGGAGAGUCCCGAUCCAUGUAUGCGCAAGUGGUGUCAAGGCAUCAGUCAAGCAAGUUUCGUUCCAGGCCAAUGGAACCGAGGGUCUUCAAGAUCUAACAGUCCUUGACAUACAAGACAAGAAAUACGACGCGGCUAAUCCCCCACCCACUUGGGCUGUCGAAGACUACCGCUCCAAAAAUUUCUCCGCCCAGCUCUACUACCGUACGACGGCGCCGCUGUGGGGAAUCGUUGAUGCAAAGAAAAAGGGUACGCCUGGGUACAACUUCACCGAAGCACCGAGCUUCUAUCUGCCUCCAGCUCUCGUUGACAAGUCACAAUGGGAUGAUGGACCAUGGGAUGUGCUGGCUGGAACGACUGCGCCAAUGUCGGCGCUUCGCUUCCUGAGUAACACGAUGCUUACUUUCACGGGGAACUUUAACUCUAUACCGUCUUUUGGAGGUGUUACAGAACUCGGCCAACUUGCUCUUUUCCAUAAAAUAUACGACCAGGAGGCGGGUCCCGCGAAGAUCCUGAAGCUGGAAUGGACUAAUCUCAUGGCCAACUGGGUUGUUGGUACCAAGACGGGCAAAAAGCAGGCAGCGCAAGCAUCAGGUGAUGAUGAGCGUCUGGCAUCUUUUCUCCAGCACCGCAUCAAGUACGACAUGCGCUUUGCUAUCCCGGCGAUUAUUCUACUCGCCUGCUGGGUUUUCAUUAUCCUCGGUUCAAUCGCAGCCGGUGUCGUCCACCGCCAUCUAUUUACGCACUUGAAAAAGAUGCUUAACGACACAAGUGUUGGUCGUGCUGCACUGCGCAACCACCCUGAUGUCGGACAUGCGUCGCUGGCGCGUGCCUCUACGAAGAAAUGGGCAAAGGAGGUCGGCGGAACGAUCAUCACUCUGGGAGAAAAGGAUGGCUCCUAUGCUUCGCUGCAAGAGGUGGAAACUAGCUAUAAGAAUGGGCAGGUAACAACAGUAUCGGGCAUGUAG